AACACCACCUCCCCACCACAACCAUCACCAUGCACAUGAAUUCUGAUCUCGAACACCCAAUACCCUGUUCUUAUGCUCCACUACAAGAUGAGGAGGUUCAGCAACAGAUCCCGGCGAGACGCCGGAGACCCAUGAAAGUUUUUGUAUCAACCAUCUCGGCUGUUUUCUUGCUGAGUUUGUUCGUGGUGUUGUUGGGUAACCAGAGAUCGGAGACCCAAGAAGCAGUAGAAAGCGGUAGUGGAUCAGCGGAGAUUUCAGAGCCGGUGUCUAGAGGGGUGGCGCAGGGGGUAUCAGAGAAGGCAUUCCGACUAUUCUCCGGCGAUGGGUACUCGUGGACAAAAGCCAUGUUAGCUUGGCAGAGAACUGCCUACCACUUUCAGCCAGAGAAGAACUGGAUGAAUGAUCCAAAUGGCCCAAUGUUCUACAAGGGUUGGUAUCAUCUAUUCUAUCAGUACAACCCAGACAGCGCAGUUUGGGGAAACAUAACCUGGGGACACGCCGUAUCAAAGGACCUCAUCCACUGGCUCUACCUUCCCUUGGCCAUGGUUCCCGAUCGCUGGUAUGACAUCAACGGUGUCUGGACGGGCUCUGCCACCUUACUCCCCAACGGCACCGUCUUCGUACUCUACACCGGUUCCACCAACGAGUCCGUUCAGGUUCAGAACCUGGCCUACCCGGCCGACCCAUCCGAUCCUCUCCUCCUCAACUGGCUCAAGUACCCUGGCAACCCGGUCAUGGUCCCACCCACAGGCAUCAACCUCACCGAAUUCCGUGAUCCAACCACGGCAUGGUUCAGCCCGGUCGACGGCUGGCGAAUCGCCAUAGGGUCCAAAAUCAACAGCACAGGGAUCUCCCUGGUCUACAGGACUAAGGACUUUGGGUCCUACGAUCUCAUCCAAGGUGUCCUCCACGCCGUGCCAGGGACUGGCAUGUGGGAGUGCGUGGACUUCUAUCCCGUCUCUACAACCGGCGAUAAUGGUCUUGACACGUCUGUGAACGGGCCAGGAGUGAAGCAUGUGCUCAAGGCCAGCCUCGACGACAACAAGCACGACUACUACGCGCUUGGGAUCUACGAUCAGGAGAACGAUACGUGGACGCCGGACAACCCUGUGGAGGACGUGGGGAUUGGGUUGCGGUACGAUUACGGCAAGUACUACGCCUCGAAGACGUUCUACGAUCAGAACAAGCAGAGGAGGAUUCUUUUUGGUUGGAUCGGUGAGACCGACAGCGACACUGCUGACAUUGAAAAGGGCUGGGCUUGCGUUCAGAGCAUACCGAGGGUGGUGGUGUUCGACAACAAGACAGGAAGCAAUAUUCUGCAAUGGCCAGUGGAGGAGGUGGAGGGCUUGAGAGAUAGUAGUAGUAUGAUAUUCGACAAUGUGAAGGUGGAUGCUGGAUCAGUAGUGCCGCUUGAGAUCGGCGGCGAAGCUACCCAGUUGGACAUAAUUGCCGAAUUUGAGAUGAUGGAAACAGAGGGUUUGCAGAAAACCAGUGAAGCAGAUGAUGUAGUUUACAAUUGCACUACCAGCGGUGGCGCUGCGGGUCGGGGUGCAUUGGGACCCUUUGGUCUAUUGGUUCUUUCAGAUGAGAGCCUCUCGGAGCAGACGCCUGUGUAUUUCUACCUAGCUAAGGGUAGUGAUGGCAAUGUAGAGACUUUCUUUUGCAGCGACGAAACAAGGUCUUCUGAGGCCAAUGAUGUGGGUAAACUUAUAUAUGGAAGUUCCGUUCCUGUACUUGAAGGCGAGACACUAUCAAUGAGAUUAAUGAUUGAUCAUUCCAUAGUAGAAAGUUUUGGUCAAGGUGGGAGAACGGUGAUCACCUCACGGGUUUAUCCAACAAAGGCAAUAUAUGGAGCAGCCAGAGUCUUCCUUUUCAAUAAUGCCACCGGGGUCAGCAUCACUGCGUCGCUCAAGAUAUGGCAAAUGAAUUCUGCUUUCAUUAGACCUUACUCUGAUCAUCAAUAACAAAAGAUGCAAACCUUCCAA